AUGGCCCAACCACAGAAAUUGAUGGAGAUAACUGAGCUGAAGGUGGGAUGCUGGGAAGCGUCAGUCAAGGUGAGUAUGACAAAUCCAAUCUCGUUAUACAACGAAUCGGACAAAAACAGAACACUUGAUAGAGCCGGUAGUACUUCGUUUUUUGGAGAGUCAAUUUAGGGAGACAAAAUUUAAGACCGGAUUCAAAUUCGAGACACUGUUUUGAAAAAAGUCAUUGAUUUCGAAGAGGUUUACAAGCUGUAAUUGAGAUAUUGUCUGAGAUUUGUCGAUGAAACAUUGGAGUUAAGGAGUGAUGAUUAGAUAAAAACGUUUCUUUCGCAAUUUUUGAUUUUGCCAGAGUGCUCACCUUUGGCCUGUUGCACCUACUACUGCAAACGUACCUCAAAUUUAUGCUAGUAAAAUAUCGAGAAAAAAUCCGAGAGAAUAUGACCGUUUAAUGAUAAAAACUCGAUCUAAAACUCAAAGUUUCAGACUCUGCUGAUCCGAGUGGGACUGAUCGGCUGCUCGUUGGCCCUAUUCUCCGUAGCCGACCUAUUGAUCCGCGGAGAAUGGGCUUCAUUGGGUGGGAACACAGUCUACGCCAUCUUCUGCCUUCUUCUUAUUUAUGCAGCAUGCUCUGAUAACCUGAUGUUAUUAUGGCCAUUUAUUAUUUACAAUGUAGGUUGAUACAGUAACUGAACAAUUUAUUCAAAUUGCAGGCCAUUUUAAUUCUGAUGAAUAUAAUCGCUGCCAUGUUUUUCAUGGGGAUCUACAUGAUCGCCAAGUUUACCCCGGACGACAGACACGAAAAGACGGGAGAUGAGAAAGUUGAGCCCAUCUUUUUAUUAAUCAUUGUCAUUUUUUUAUUCAUCUGCGCAUUUCUGAAUGUAUUUUUCGAAUACGUUGUUGUGAAAUGUUACAGGACCUUAAGACAUGCCAUGGAUCCAGUGGCAUACCCAUAG